AUGAACGAGAGUGAGCUCAACGCGUACGACUUCGAGAGACGCUUUGAUGAGAGGCGAGCUUUUGAAUGGAUGCAGGAAAACUGGACCUCAUCCUUCAUGUUCUGCGGCCUGUACGCUGCUCUGGUUUUCGCCGGGCAACACUUCAUGAAGGAAAGGCCGAAGCUGAACCUGCGCCGCCCCCUGGUUCUGUGGUCCUUCAGCCUCGCCAUUUUUAGUAUCGUGGGAGCCGUGCGCACCGGCCUCUACAUGAUGCACGUCCUCACCACCAGCGGCUUCAAACAGUCCGUGUGCGACAUCAGCUUCUACCACUCGUCGCUCACCAAACUCUGGGCCUACGCCUUCGUCCUCAGCAAAGCCCCGGAGCUCGGUGACACAGUCUUCAUUGUCCUGCGGAAACAGCGGCUGAUCUUCCUGCACUGGUACCAUCACAUCACCGUGCUGCUCUACUCCUGGUUCUCCUACAAGGACCAGGUGGCCGGCGGCGGCUGGUUUAUGACCAUGAAUUACUUCGUCCACGCCCUCAUGUACACGUACUACGCGGCCAGAGCCGGCGGGAUCCGGAUUCCCCGCUUCUGCGCCAUGUUCAUCACCAGCAUGCAGAUCCUCCAGAUGGUCAUGGGGCUGACGGUGGUGGUGCUGGUUUACAACUGGUUAAGCGACGCCCACUGCCCGUCCAACAUGCACAACAUCACGUGGGGGUGUCUCAUGUAUCUGAGCUAUCUGAUCUUGUUCGCCAUGUUUUUCUACGAGACCUACCUCAAGGGAUCCAGCAGCAGCAGCAGCAGCAGCGGCAACACCAAGGCAAAGAAAGAGUAA